CUAUCAUCAUAUUUUGUUUCACGUUUUCGUGUUUUGAUUAUUAACCCGUUAGAAUGUCAGAGAGAAAGGCUGUUAUUAAAAAUGCUGAUAUGACUGAAGAAAUGCAGAGUGAAGUAGUACAAAUUUGUAGUGAUGGCUUGGAUAAAUUUAAUAUUGAAAAGGAUAUUGCUGCUUAUAUCAAGAAAGAAUGCGACAAGAAGUACAGUCCAACAUGGCAUUGCAUAGUUGGAAGGAAUUUUGGCAGCUAUGUGACACACGAGACCAAACACUUUAUCUAUUUGUAUCUUGGACAAGUUGCGAUCCUGCUUUUUAAAUCUGGUUGAUUGAUUUAUCUCUUAUAUAUAUACAUAUAAAAUUUUCUAAAAGAUUCUA